UUCUGUACGGCGCGUGUAACGGUUAUCUUCCUUCUCCACUAAGCUUCUCUCUCUCUCUCUCUCUAUGCAUUGAGACUCGAAGCAAUCUCUCUGGAACUGGAAUCUCCCCGACAGAAGCAGCAUCACAGUUCCUGACUCCAUUUACACAAUGCGUGUUUCUGUGCUCCAAGAAUCUCACCGUUUUCUCCCUUCUAUAAACACCAUCUCCAUGCCUACAUGACUCGCUUCUUCACCCUGCGCUGCUGAGGGAGAGAGAUAGAGAGACACCUACUACCUACUACCUUCAUAGCUCUAAGCUAUGGCGGAGCCUGAGACUAUGUUGAUAGUGGCCGACGAGAAGAGCCAUCGACGAUCACGAGCGAUGCAAUUUCCAACACUUGCAAUCAUCGAUGGCAUCUUUUCCAGGAAAAGCUUCUUCUACGAUAGGCUUCCUCCCCAACCCUUCAGACUCUCCGUUCUCAAAUUGGACGGCUCUUGCUUCGAUAUUCAAGUUUCUAAAACAUCAACUAUUGCUGAACUUAAGGACGCAGUGGAGGCGGUGUUUAGUCACGUGCCUCAGAAGGGGCCAGGAACAAUCUCAUGGCCGCAUGUAUGGGGGCAGUUUUGCUUAAGCUAUGAUGGACAGAAGCUAGUUAUAGAGAAGGAUUAUCUUAGAGAUUAUGGCAUCAAGGAUGGUGACCAGCUUCGUUUCAUCCGCCAUGUCUCAAACAGUUGGGGUAUUCAAAGAAAGCGGAUGAAGAAACGAGUUGUCCAUUUGAAACAACACAGGAGGUGCAGGUCAUCUCAAGUUAAUAGCUAUCAGCCCAAAGGAAAUUGUGAUGAUGAUGAAAUUGGUUGUGAUGAUGAUGAAGCCAUAGAAAAUGGGAACAUCGAGCAUUGCAUUAAAGAAGAAGAGCGUGUUGGAAAGAACAAGUUAACUGGCUUUCUGGGAGAUUUGUUUUCAUACACCCCGCUGACAGUUGUGAGAAAAAGUAGAACUAAAAGGAUUUACUCAUCCAUGAUUCCCAGAUGUUUACUGAGCAGUUUUAGAAAGAUUAGAAGGAUUGUAUGCUUUGGCAGGAGGCGGCAUUAUCCUUGGAGACAACAUUAAUAUUUGGGAGAAAUCUGUUUCUUACCUCUGAACACGUCCAGUAACGCUCAUAACAUAUAAAAGCUGAGAUCCUUGUAAAGAUUUUGAUUCCUAGCAAACGGAGUUUGUAUGAAAUUUGUAUUGCUGCAUGCAUUCAUUGAGAUCGCACUGAGAUUGUAGAUGUCAGAGAAUAAUAUAAAUAAUUAAAA